UUGUGCUUAGAGUCUAUAAGUUAACCAUACAUUCAAAUUGGCAACAAUAUGAAUGAAAGAUGGCCCAGGUUGUAUGCAGAAGAUAAGUUCAAAAGUUUCCGUCAGCUCUCUGAGUAGCCUGAGCCAUGCUUAAAAUUCCGGUAUUUAUUUGUGAGAUGUCAUAUCAGUUUGUUAUCUAAGUGUGCUUGUUUGUUAUUGAUGUUAAAGUGAAGAAAAUUGAAAUAUAAGCAGCCCAAGUUAUAAGGGAACUUUGUUCUGUAGCUUACAGCCAUUUUGAAGAAGACACGGAUCAGAGGACAGACAGCGAUCGGGAACUCCUGAGGAAACACCCCGACCAUGUUAUCCACAUCCAGAAACGACUGGAGAAGUACAGAAGCCGAAAGGCCCGCCAGGAGGAAUACGAAGAGCCCGAAUCGGUGAUAGCGGACAAGAGCGCCGCCCUGGCCGAGGCUAUACGCUCUGCGCGUCACCUGGUGGUGUACACCGGUGCUGGGGUGUCGACGUCGGCCAGUAUACCCGACUACCGCGGUCCGGACGGCAUAUGGACCCGGCUCAGCCAGGGACGGGGGAUAGGGCAGCACGACCUGACCUCGGCCGACCCGACCGUCACCCACAUGGCGCUGUACGGUCUCUGGCAGCGGGGACUGGUGCGGCACGUGGUGUCUCAGAACUGUGACGGGCUCCACCUCCGCUCCGGACUCCCCAAACGGCACAUGUCGGAGCUGCACGGUAACAUGUAUCUGGAGGUGUGUGUCAGCUGUCCGAGACAGUACGUCAGGUCGUUCGACGUCACGUCGAAAACGUCACGGCAGAACCACAAGACCGGCCGCAGGUGUUACGAGUGCGCCACGCCCCUGAUCGACACGGUGGUGCAUUUCGGCGAGCGGGGCAGCCUGCGGUGGCCAUUGAACUGGCGCGGCGCGUGCCGACAGGCGCGGCGGAGUGACGUCAUACUCUGUCUGGGCAGCAGCCUCAAGGUAUUACGGAAGUACAGCGGGCUGUGGUGCAUGCACCGUCCGCCCCACAAACGGCCGCGACUGUUCAUCGUCAACCUCCAGUGGACGCCCAAAGACGACUGCGCAGCGCUGAAAAUCAACGGUCGUUGUGACGACGUGAUGGUGCGUGUGAUGGACCACCUGGGACUGCCGGUGCCGCACUACUCCCGGGCCGCUGACCCGCUCUUCCGACUGGCCACGCCGCUACACAGGAGUGAGCCGGCGCCGCGGUGUCGUCUCACACGGCCAGAGACCGAGGGAGAGAGUGGAGAGGAGGAGAGAGGAGGGGAGGAGGAAGGAGAGGGGACGGAGUCGGGUCCUGGAAGGCCGGAUGAGCCGCCCGAGGGACGGCUAGAGGUGGUAACACAACAGUCAUCAGAACAUCCAAACAGUGAGACAGCUCGGACACUCCACCGGUCAGACUCGGUGAGGACAGAGCAGGAGAGCAGUCAGGCAGAGCGGCGGAGCGCGGCGCCCGGCCGGCCGGCCGAGUGUGCCAUAUCGCCCCAGAGUCCCCCUCUGUGUCUCCCCGAGGGCGGCUCCCUGCUGCUACAGACACUGCUGGGAGGCCGGACGGCCGCGCCUGCCAACGGAGGAGGGGCCUCACCCGAGAGCGCUGCUCAGAGACGGUGGACACCGGCCGUGACGGCGGGCGUCACGAGCGUGACGGCCAGCGUCACAUCCAGCGUGACGGCUCUCCCGGAGAACGUAACGGAUAACACCACAGACGAUACACCCAGUGUAACAUCAGUGCACAUCUCCGCCCUCACCUCAUCCCUAACAACCGUAACGGCCGCCGUGACGGACAGCUCCUGUGACGACGUGUCGGACGUGACGUGCGCCGUGACGGAGCUGCGUGACGCUCUGGUUCAGACGGACCCGAUAGAGUGGAGGGAGGAGGAGUUCACUGUGGUGGAGGAGCUGGGGGAGGUGCUCUGCUCGUCGGCAGCUGACAGUUGCAGCUCUGGCUCCGAGCCGGGCCACAGUCCUGACGGCCGCUGUUCAGACCUCUCCCACAUCCGGCUGAUGGACGGCGACCGCAGCCCCUUCUGUCUCAGUGACGACUGUCUGGACCGACUGAGCAGCAGUGAUGUCAUCUUCAUCGACGUACCGUCCGCGCCGCCCCGGCUGCUCGACCACGACUACUCGCGCUCAGAAAUCGGCGAUGAACAUACCAACGACGUGACGGAAGAGGACGAAGGCGGUGACGGUGGCAUGAAUGACAGCAUACCGGUCAAAGAUGAAGGUGAGAGUCGUGAGUCGACUUACGACAGCGUCCCCGUCUCCUGCCACCUGAGUCGGAGUCAGAGUCCGGUAACGUACGUUGACGCCGCGAGUCAGAUCGACCCGCCGGAGUCGGAGACGGGUGAUGUGAGUCAGAUCGAGUCAAUAGCUGAGGAUACGAGUCGCGCUGGGGAGGAUACGAGUCGGGCAGAGUCACCAGCAGGAAACAUGGAGAGUCAGGAUGACUCACAGGCAGCUCAGGACGGAGCGAGUCAGCUUGAGUCUCGUGAUGAAAGCAGCCGUCAGAGUGAGUCACGCGAAGUAAAUGACUCGAAUCGAGUCGACGACUCUCAGGAUGACGCGGCAGCUACUCAGUCCGAGCCUCGCGAAGAAGACUGCGGAGUACAGACUGAGUUCACCGACUUUGAGUCGCUUCAGGAGACUGCGAGUCAUGCCGAGUCCCUCGGCAGCGAAGCGCUGACUCGCGUUGACUCGGCGGAUGAAGGAGUCGGUCUGAGUCACGAGUGGCCUGAGUCGCGGGACGGAUUCUCCCCGAGCCGUGGUGAGACGGAGAGUCAAACGGAGUCACGACUAGUGCACGAUGUGUGGAUGGAUGGUGGUGACUCGAGUCAGGACUCACAGCAGCGGGAGGACUCAGAGAAGGCGAAUGACUCGCAAAGAUGGCUCGAUGGAGCUGAUUCGAGUCGAGACGGAGCUGAGUCGAUCCGAGACGACUCUACUCGAGAUGACUCUACCCGGGAUAACUCAACUCGAGAUGACUCGAACCUAAAAGACGCAUUCAACUCCUGCCAAAACACCCUCGACUCUGUGCGGGAAAACGGUGACUCGAGUGAAGACAGCACCAUCCUAACGAAAGCAGACGUGGACCUGAGUCAGACUGACGUCAUAUUGAGUCACAUCGGAGCCGACACGAGUCAGGACGCCGCCACGUCGACUCGUGACUCUCCUGACUCGAUUCGGGACGCGGAGCGUGAAGAAGACAGCAGAGGCGGCCACGGCGACGCUGAAGUCGACGAAGCUGACGUCAAUGGUGGCGAUGACGGCGUUAACGAUGACGAUGACGGAGCCGACUCCCCUCCGGCCGCGCGGCGCCGGCCGGGCCGCGCGUGCUCCCGUCGCGCCGUCAGCUACCGUGACCUCUCCUCCUCCUCCUCCUCCUCCGACUCGAACGACUCCGAGUCAGACAACUCCCCUCCGCCAGAGCUGGCCGCCAGUAGCGAGUCAUCGGCCGAGUCGGACAGCGAGUCAGACGGCGCUGACUACGUCCGAUUCCAGGCAGUGUUUCGGGUGUCGAGGAGAAUGCUGAAGCCCGUGCUGGCUCAAGAUGCCGGCACCGGCAGUGGUAACGGAGCUGGGUGGUAUGGAAGAGGAUGUAAGGCAAGGAGGAAACAGAGGAGACUGAAAUAGGAAUGGAGGACGUGAAAAGGGCAAUGAGAGACAGACCUGCGGUCAGUGCUAUCGGUUUUUCGUUCGUGAUGUAGAAGUAUUUGCGUAGAAGUAUCCAUCGUGGUAUAACGACUUGCGAACGACCCGACUUUUACCCAAAGGUUGUGAGUGCAAGUGCAUGAUGUGUAAGCCAAGCCUUCGCUCGACUAGUUACUUCCUCAAAGCUGGUUUCACAGGUUUAGCGCAGCGUUGUGUAGUAUUGUCAAUGCUCGUCGCUGGCAGGCUCAAAUCGUUCAUGACAUGGCGGGGCGGCCGGGGCUGCCUCCUGAUCUCAUACUCGUGGCCGCUCUUUGUGAGGACUUCCCCACAAUGUUGUUUGUUUCUAGCUCAGUUAUUAACGUUGAAGGCCCUCCCCAGUACGUGAUGUCGACCUUUCUUGAAUUUGUGUGUGGUUAUCUGAUCCAGUCACUUGGAUUUGACAAUCGGACCUAGAGGCUUAUGUGGUGCUCGGAUUUUUGUACGAUUUGUGUGUUACGAGACGAACUGCGAAUGUCGCCUCGAACGUGCGAACGCGUCUCCAGCAAUGUGCAUGCGUCUUUUAACGAUGCUGGAUUCGCUGUCGAUUGACACUAGCCGCUCAGUAAGAUACGCCUCCCGGCGCUGUUUGGGGAGCCGCAGCUACUGCCAUUCUCUAUGUUCCUGUGUCGUACGGCUGGCUCUGCUGAGUGGAGACCACGUGCGAAUACCUCAUAACCACCGCCGAACGACGGAAUAGAGCCGACGCCGGCCACCGCGCGAAUACUCCCCGGGUCAUACCUCAUCAGACUUGCUGGUGAUUUUGUGGGCUCGCUGACUGUUCUUUUUGUAAGCGGAGCAAUGUUUUCGGCAUUCUGUUGUGUACAAGAGCGACACCAAAACACUGGCACAAUGACGGGUUUCGGAACCCGAGUUGGCGCAUUUAACCCGUGAAUCUUGUGCCGCUCCUGCUACCAAUCGGGUUCGAUUGUAACUCACUCAAAGCCAAAUCGUGUCGCACGGAAUCGGUCAACCCCCGAACUUGUGAUAAAUGUCCCGUGUGUGCACACGAGCGUGCACCGCGUGCAUGUGUGCACAGUGUGUCAGUGGGGUGUCAACGCGUGUCACUGGCGUGUCAAGGCAUCUGGUAACUGUGGUGUGAAGGUGUCAGUUUUGUACCGGGCUGUUUCGAGCCCUCUCCGGUGGCGCCGACCUCAGCUCGCUCGUGGAAUAUACACAGAGGAGUAU